AUGCCCAGGAAUUUAUUUACAUUUCUUUUCGGAGCUACGAUUUUAGUCGCCUUAUUUAUGGUGGCGCAUGCACAGCCUGAUACAACUGUGGGUACAGCAGGAUGGCCACGUCCAACUCGCCCAACUCGCCCAACGCGACCAACGCGACCAACACGUCCAACGCGACCAACACGACCAACGCGACCAACACCACCAACACGUCCAACUCGCCCAACGCGACCAACGCGACCAACACGUCCAACUCGCCCAACCCGACCAACACCACCAACACGUCGUCCAACUCGCCCAACGCGACCAACGCGACCAACACGUCCAACUCGCCCAACCCGACCAACACCACCAACACGUCCAACUCGCCCAACGCGACCCACGCGACCAACACGACCAACUCGUCCGACGCGAGCCACGCGACCAACACGUCCAACUCGUCCAACGCGACCCACGCGACCAACACGUCCAACACGACCAACGCCAGUAACUCCUACAUCCGUAUAGGCCUGCACGACCCGCAUUAUUAUUUUAUCUUUAACACCGAUUGGUCCCUCACUAACUUG